AUGUACAAGGCAGCCAACCUGCCGACGUUGCCCUAUGGUGCGGAGACUUGGACGGUGUAUAACCAACAGGCACGGAGACUCAACCACCUCCACCUUAGCUGUCUUCGACGGAUACUGAAGCUGAGUUGGCAGGACCGAAUCCUGGACACUGACGUACUGGAGCGGACGGGAAUCCUCAGCAUCUACGUCAUGCUGAGACAACUGCAACUGCGUUGGAGCGACCACCUCGUGCGGAUGGACGACGAGCGACUACCCAAACGACUCUUCUAUGGAGAUGGCGUCAGAGGUUGCAUCCGCCAAGGAAGCCCAAUUCGCCGAUACAAGGACACUCUAAAGACCUCUCUGAAACGUCUGCCGAUCAACUUGGCCGACUGGGAAAACCUCGCUCGAAACCGACCGACCUGA